GCUGCGCGACGCGCCGGUGCCAGAUAUGGAUAGCGCGCGGGAUACCUCAGGACGCUGGUGCGCAUCUUCAUAACGCGCGACACUUUCCACACGGACUGAGGCCGAAUCUCCAUCCGUCCCGAGUCAGAGGUGGAGACGAACCGGAGAGGGCGAGAAGAAAGGCAGAGUUAGACCUGCACUCCAGACAAAAGUACCCUUUCUUUCUUUUCUUUUUCUUUUUUUUUUUUCUUUUUUUUUAACGCGACUUUACGCGAAGUUUUGAAGAUGCGUCAGGAGGUCGCGCGGAGAUUUCAGAUGCUGCUCGUGCUCUGGUCCAUCCUUCUGCUCAGUUUGGGGACAGGAUUUCCAACUAAACGCAAGAACGUUGGACAUAAAGCUCACGGCCACCCAGCUCAUAGCGGCGGAGUUCAAUACGUCCCCGAAACCAUGGAGCAUCAGAACCAGGUUCAGAGUCUGCUGCCGGAGCCCCACAGCCAGCAGAGGAGGUGGUCUCACCCCCAGCACCGCUCCGUUGGUGUUCUCCCGCAGCCCGAGCCUGAGGAGGAGACCAAACCCUUCAUCCUGGAUCUGAAGAACUUCCCCGACUUGGCCAACGCUGACAUUAACUCACAAAAUCCCAACAUACAGGUAACCAUCGAAGUGGUUGACGACCCGCAGAUGGAAGUAGAGAUGGACCUCGCCAAGGAAAAAGACUGGCUUCCCUCUUCUUCCUCCUCCCCUUCUUCCACUGUCGAUUGGCUGGGAGGCAAGAAGAUAUUCUGGCCGCUGUUCUGGAGUUACACCGACGCCGAUUCCAGCGAGGACAGCAACAGCCGGUCUGGUGUGGAGGACACCGGCGAGGAAGAGGAAGAGGAAGAGGAAGAUUAUUCAGUGGAUGACAGCAGCGAGGAGCCCUUACCCAGCGGAGUGGGAGACUGGGAUCCUCGCUGGAACGAAGGCUGGGAUCCAAUGCAGAGCUACUAUGAUAAAGAGACAGAUGAGUGGACUACCUGGUCUCCCUGCUCUGCCACAUGUGGACAUGGUGAGAGGAAGAGGACUAAGUCCUGCGGUUACUUCUGCACCCUGACAGAAGCUUCUAUAUGUGACCUGGAGCCUUGUCCCGGUGAUACCAACACCGUGGUGGAGCCUUUCCCGUUUGAGAUGGAGAACGGCACAGAGCCAUUUGGCACAGAUAUGGACAGCUGCGAGAAAUGGCUCAACUGUAAGAGCGACUUCCUGCAGCGGUACCUCCACCAGGUCCUGUCUGAGCUGCCCCACUGCCCCUGCUCGUACCCGUCCGACGUUUCCUACACCGUGGUCAGCGUGUACGACGAGAUUCACGGCCGGCCGUUCCGCUGGCGCGACGCCAGCGGCCCCAAGGAGCACCUGGACAUCUACAAGCCCUCGGCGCGCAGCUGCAUCCGGUCUGCGCUCUCCGGCGACUCGUCCACCCUGGCGGCGCAGCACUGUUGCUACGACGACCGCGGGCGACUGAUCACGCGGGGGAAAAGCGCAGGGACGCCUAACCUGAUCAGCACAGAGUUCUCUCCCGAGCUGCACUUCAAGGUGGACGUGUUGCCGUGGAUCCUGUGCAAGGGGGACUGGAGCCGCUUCCACGCGGUGCGGCCACCCAAUAACGGACUGAGCUGCCCGGAAAACCCCCACGAGGACGUGUUCAUGAACGAACUGGAAGAGGCCAGGGAGUACUGAGAGACCGCUGCCAAAAGUACAUCUUCACUCGGAGAAUCAGAGGGGGAAGUUCCCAAUUCGAGAGGAGACAGCCCACCGUAAAAGUCAUAAAACGUUUGUUCUGUAUUAAGCAUCCGCCGUCAUUCACUCAUCAGUUACAAAGAGGAAGGUUACAGUUGUGACUCGGAGUUUAGGCAUUAAGGUGAACACUGGUUAUCUCAAGACAAAACAAACUUCAGGUAUCCCACCGCUUUAUAACCUCUUACAGAUCUGCUGAGACAACAAGCUCUUUCUUUUGUCGAGCUUCUGGCUUUUUUUGAUGGUGUAGUGGAGCACUUAAACAUCCUGGCCAUGCUUCCUGGGUUUUAUGUGAAAGAAAUACAUCAUGAAUACAGGAUGGUAAAAUCCUAACUAUGCUGCUACAACACAGUCCUUUAGGUUUGAGGGGAACGGGAUGUUAUUAGAUCCAAAUGAUGCCACAUACAUCUACAGUAACAGAGUAUUUAGUUAGUCUUCAGAGUUACCAAACAAUUCAAAAUCACUUUGUAAUUUUGGUGCUCAACCAGAAAGCUAAGCUGAACUAUCCGAAACUUCUUAUUGCCAAUUCUGAACCUCGCUAGUUAGAGUUAUGAGAAUAGCCUUCAGGCAGCAAAUUGCACAAAACUGGCACAUUCGAUACGCAGUGUUUCGUCACACAGAUUAAUUUUAGAUGUCACAGCCAGGAAAACAUAUGAUCUGGGUGCCAAAGAGAUUAGAGAAAGAAUCAGACUGUUGGUGCCAGUGGAAAUCCAGCCUCCGAGUCUCUACGGUGCAAACCUAGAGAGGAACUCCAGCGAUUAGACUGCUCCUAGCUGUGUCUCUACAAUGUUCUCAGGGGGACUAACGGACCAUGACAAACAAAUUUAUUCAGUUACCUCGACAGCGGAGCACUAUUAGAUCUUGUGUAAAUGGAAUUGGAAUUAAGAUUACUGGGGUUUGCGACCCUGAUUGGAAUUGAUGAACUUAUUAAUGAUUAGGUGCAGUUUUGAAAAAGCUGAUCAAACCCUCAGAACUGAAUCGUAGCUGUUGAGGCAUUGUGGGCUUCGAGGGGUUUCACUGCUGUUCCAGCUGGUGGCUCAGGGGGGUCUUUCAACUUGAUUGGAUGGAAAGGACAUCCCUGAGACUGCAGCCAACACAGGAUACUCUACAUAUCACAUCGUCAGCGUAUCAUUAAACACGACAGGAAA